GCCGGAGGCGGGAGCGCCGGCAUGGAGUGAGCACAAAGCGCCGCCGAGGUCAACUGCAUUAAUAGAGCACRAAGAGCUGUGGAAAAAAUCAAGGUGAGGAAGAGCCCCUCAGCGCUGAAGCAUGAGCACGGAUGCCAGCCAGGUGGUGAUCACUACUCCCCCCGCUGCCACCAUGCCCCAUAAAGAGAGGUACUUCGAUCGCAUCAAUGAGAACGACCCGGAGUACAUCCGUGAGAGGAACAUGUCCCCUGACCUGCGGCAGGACUUCAACAUGAUGGAGCAAAGGAAGAGGGUCACGCAGAUCCUCCAAAGCCCGGCUUUUAGAGAAGAUCUGGAAUGCCUUAUUCAAGAACAGAUGAAGAAGGGCAAUAACCCAACUGGACUGCUUGCGCUACAGCAGAUUGCUGAUUACAUUACAGCCAGCUCUUUUGCAGGUUUUUCCUCAUCUUCACUCAGCCAUGGAAUGGUGACACCCAUCAACGACCUCGCAGGAAUCGAUACCUCCUCCUUCGUUAAGGGAGAGAAACUCACUCGCUGCAAGCUCGCCAGUUUGUAUAGGCUGGCUGACCUGUUUGGGUGGGCACAUCUGCCAAACUCCUAUAUCACAGUAAGAGUAAGCAAAGAGCACGACCACAUUCUAAUCAUUCCAAGAGGUCUCUCUUUUUCUGAAGCUUCAGCCUCUAAUCUGGUCAAGGUGAACAUCCUAGGAGACGUAGUUGACCAGGGAAGUACAACUCUAAGUAUYGACAGCGCAGGAUUCAGUCCGCACGUGGCCAUCUACUCCACGCGACCAGAUGUGAGAUGUGUAAUACACAUACACACCCCUGCCACGGCAGCUGUUUCAUCAAUGAAGUGUGGUAUCCUUCCCAUAUCACAAGAGGCUCUGAUUCUGGGAGAUAUUGCUUAUUACAAUUACCAGGGAUCUCUUGAUGAGCAGGAGGAGAGAAUUCAGCUUCAAAAAGUGCUUGGACCCAGUUGCAAGGUAUUGGUCUUGAGAAACCAUGGUGUGGUAGCACUGGGAGAGACACUGGAAGAAGCAUUUCACUAUAUUUUCAAUGUGCAACUGGCUUGUGAAACACAGGUGCACGCGCUGGCUGGAGCGGGUGGCGUGGACAACCUCCUGGUGCUGGAUGUGCAGAAAUUCCGGCCUCUCACGCACGCGCUGGCGGCGGCCGGAGGAGGCGGCGUCAACAUGGGCUCGCAGCACAAGUGGAAAGUUGGGGAGCAGGAGUUUGAGGCUCUCAUGAGGAUGCUGGACAACCUGGGCUACCGAACCGGCUACGCCUACAGGCAGCCGCUCGUCAGAGAGAAGCCCAGGCACAAGAGCGACGUCGAGAUCCCGGCCACCGUCACGGCCUUCUCCUUUGAGGACGACACCGUCCCGCUCUCCCCGCUCAAGUUCCUGGCCCAAAGGCAGCAGAGGGAGAAGACGAGAUGGCUGAACUCUCCCAAUACCUACUUGAAGGUGAACGUGCCUGAGGAGUCGUGGAACGGAGAAGCCAGUCCCAGGACUAAGAUCACGUGGAUGAAAGCUGAUGACUCUUCCAAGACUAGCGGAGGGACACCGAUCAAAAUUGARGAUCCCAACCAAUUUGUUCCUUUAAAUACAAACCCAAAUGAAGUGUUGGAAAAGAGAAAUAAGAUUCGGGAGCAGAACAGAUACGACCUGAAGACAGCAGGACCCCAGUCUCAGCUGCUGGCUGGGAUUGUUGUGGACAAAAAGCCGAGCCCACCCAUGCAGUUUGAAGAGGACGAGCACGCGCCCCCAGCACCCCCCAACCCCUUCAGCCAUCUCACGGAGAGGGAACUGGAGGAGUACAAGAAAACAAUCGAGCGCAAGCAGCUGGGGCUGGAAGAUGCUGAACAGGAAUUAUUCUCAGAUGACGGUUCAUCUGUGUCACAAAUUCAGUCACAAACUCAGUCCCCGCAAAAUGUCCCAGAAAAAUUAGAAGAAAACCAUGAGGAUCUGUACACGCCGAGCGCCACCCUGGUGCCCGCGGAGAUGCCCGUCGUGGUGGUCAAUGGCAAGGAGGACGGGCACGACGUGGACGAGGAGCUCAGCAAGCGGGUGAGCCAGCUGACCACGAGCAGUACUGUGGAGAGCGUGGAGAUCACCAUUAAAAGCUCCGAGAAGAUCGAGGAGGCCCUGUCCCCUGAAGGGUCACCUUCCAAGUCGCCAUCCAAGAAGAAGAAGAAAUUCCGCACUCCAUCUUUUCUGAAAAAGAAUAAAAAGAAGGAGAAGGUAGAAGCGUAAGUGCAGUUGUGUCGUGAGGAGGCAUUGCACAUUUUAAACGUUUCAGUUGACCAUUAACAGAGUAGUGUUGGGGGACGGGGGGUGCAGUAACUGGACUUUUAACCGCAACAAAAACGAACUGGAAGAGGUUUUGCUUUAAAGAGGAAUAAUAAAACGUUUCUGUGUUAAUCRCAAACACUUUCAUCUCUCACUUCAGCGUGUUCAGAAUUGCUGUGAGGGUCUGAAACACUCAGUAGUUUCACAGAUAACCACACUGGYAGGUGCUCCAAAGCCAUCAUAGCAAGAGCCGAGACCAUCGCAGCAGGUUCUGCUUGCAGUAUUUUGCAGACCUUAAAAUUUUCAGUACAGUUAAAGUCUUUAACAAAGUUACUGUCGAGUGACCACGUGACUUUAUUUUUUUUAAAAAAAACUGCUGUCUCAUUUGGUGACCAGAUCAUACAUUUUUAUAUUGUGAUUUUGACCAUAUACUUUGUUGCUGUAGCCCUGUUUGAGUGGGUGCAUAUUAACAGCACACCUUUAAGUCUUUUUAAGAUUAGAUCUUAUAGAAAUAUACACUGGCACAUAAUAUUAGGGGGGAAACUGUGUAAGAGAAAGUUUAUUGGAAUUAUACAAAAUGUCUAAGAAUUCCAUUCAUCAAUAACUUUUUUGCCAAAUAUUUCAUUUUAGUGAAAUAUAAUUUUUGAAGACUUCUUUUUUAUUCUAUCAGUUGGGGGGAGAAAUACCCUUAUUUUUCAAGAAAGGGGAUUUUAUACACUUAACAUUGAUAAUUUAGUUUAACUGGCAAAACAAAAAAAAGAAGAUUUUAUAUGUUCAAAUGUUUGUAUACCAUUCAGUAUAAAAGUAUUAUAAGCAUGUGAACCAAGCAGUUAAUAGUAGAGUGUAUUUAAGAAUGCUUGGUGUAGAGUAUACUUAAGUAUAAUUCAGGAAUCCAGGGACUUAGAAAUCAAAAGAUAAAAGCAUAAAACCUAAACUGGAUUCAUGUUUAAAACUUACUGUUUUUUUUUCCUUGCGGUAUUGCUAAUGAAUGAAGAAAAAUAAUCUCGUAACAUAACCAAAUGAAGGAAACAAAACUGAUAAAAGGGAAAGUGAAAUAGUAAGAAAAUAGGAGCAAACAAAGAAAGUUAAAGUUUGGUGAUUAUUUUUUAUUAAAUAUAUGAUAUGGAAUGUGGGGUAUUUUUAUUAAAUCAGCAAAGUUACAUUUCCAUAUUAGACGUUUUAAAUAAUUUGUGUGGAUUCAUACGGAGUGCAACACUUAUUUUGUUCCUUCACUUUCAUUUUACUUUUAAAAGGGUCUCAUGAAUCUGUGUUGUCCUUUGGAUGAACCCAAAGCAAAUUAGAGCCUAGUGCCAUGGGUAAGGCUGGCACUGCCCCUUACUCAUUUUUACUGAUAUUGUCAUUUUACUACUUUUACUGUAUUGUAAAUACAAACRAGCAUAGAAAUUAACAUAGGGUUUUUCUUCGCUGUGUCAAAUUUGUCUGUAAAUCAGUCAUCGCAAUAGGAAAUACAUUUAAAAGAUCCAUGUGAUUCCCGAAUUGCCGGUUGAAAUAUUAUACAAUAUAUAAAUUGUUAAAUAUGGCUGGAGAGUGGUUUGGCAUGCAAAAAAAUGUUGAUUAUAGCAUGUUUGGGGCUGGUUAGCUUUGACCGUGUCAGUGUGAUAAUGCAACGUUGGAAUGGAUCCUGGAAACAAUUUUCUAGCUAUCACUAAAUACUGGAAUCAGUGUUUUUAAUCAUAGUGGAAACUUUCAGUUGCUUUCUUUGUUUUUUAUGUUCUACAUUAUUUGUGUUGUAUUACAACAUAUGUAGAAACAGUAACCUGUGAACUAUGCUUUUCAUAACUUUUUUAAAAAUAUAUCUAAAUGAAUGCAAUGUGCAUAAAUAUUUUUUAAAAUGCAACCGUGAACUAUUUGCACCUUUUGCUAAUGCCUCUAUUUACUUGCUUUGGCAUAAAGAAUGAGCCAGCCAACUCUGUGUCC